AUGAAUUUGUUGGUGGACAAUAAACAAUCUGCCUUUCUUAAAGGGCGGUGUAUUCUUGAUAACAUUGCAACGGCGGAGGAACUUAUCUUCAGUAUACAUAAGCGUAGAUUACCAGGUCAUAUUUUGAAGGUAGAUUUCAACAAGGCUUUUGAUCGAGUGGAUUGGGAUUUUCUCUUUGAUUUGCUGGAAGCCAGGGGCUUCGGGGGGCGUUGGAUUGGGUGGAUCAAAUGCAUUCUGUUUUCUUCGAAAGCAUCCAUUAAAGUUAAUGGAUCCCCAAAUGGAUAUGUGCGUUACAAGAGUGGGCUACGUCAAGGAGAUCCGCUAUCACCUUUGUUGUUUGUGUUGGUAACAGAUGUUCUGAGUUCUAUGUUUGCGCAUGCUCUGCGGUCUAAGGUCCUGGUGGGGGUACCUUUAGGGGAGUUCGGCAGCAGAUGUAGUCUUCAUUAUACCGAUGAUCUGCUUGUUUUGACCACAUGA